AUGGGUAAGGAAAAGAACAACUUCAACCUCAAGACCCCUAAGGGUACCAAGGACUGGUCUGGGUCCGAUGCCCUCCUCCGCGAUCGCAUCUUCACCACCAUUGCCGAUGUCUUCAAGCGUCACGGCGGUACCGCGCUGGACACCCCCGUCUUCGAGCUGCGCGAGAUUCUCGCCGGAAAAUAUGGCGAGGACUCUAAGCUCAUCUACGACCUGCAGGACCAGGGUGGUGAGAUCUGCUCCCUCCGCUACGAUUUGACCGUUCCCUUUGCCCGUUGGCUCGCCAUGAACCCCGACGUGCGCAGCAUGAAGCGCUAUCAUAUUGCCAAGGUGUAUCGACGGGAUCAGCCCGCCGUCAGCAAGGGUCGCAUGAGGGAAUUUUAUCAGUGUGACUUCGAUGUUGCUGGUACCUUUGAUCCUAUGGUUCCCGAUGCCGAGGUCCUGAAGAUCGUCACCGAAGUGUUCGAGGAGCUUGGAUGGCAGGGUCGUUAUAGCAUCAAGAUCAACCACCGGAAGAUCUUGGAUGGUGUCUUCGAGGUGUGUGGUGUGCCGGCAGAGAAGAUCCGCCCGAUUUCUAGCGCAGUGGACAAGCUGGAUAAGAUGCCUUGGGCCGAUGUCCGGAAGGAGAUGGUUGAAGAGAAGGGUCUUGAUGGCGCCGUUGCGGACAAGAUUGAAACAUACGUUGUCAAGAAGGGUACACGGGACCUUCUCGAGACUCUGUUGAAGGAUGAGUCUCUUCUGGCGAAUGCCUCCGCUAAGGCUGGUCUGGAGGACAUGGGUCUCCUUAUGGACUACUUGGAGGCUUUCGGAGUCCUCGACCGUAUCUCUUUCGACAUGAGUCUUGCUCGUGGAUUAGACUAUUACACCGGUGUCAUCUACGAAGUUGUCACCGAAGGCUCCGCACCAGCCGUUUCAUCCUCUGCUCCCGAGGCGGAGAAACUGCAGAAGUCAGCCAAGAAGAGCAAGUCUAAGGGUGGCAACGCCGACGACGACAGAUCAGACGACCCCACUCUGGGAGUGGGAAGUGUGGCCGCUGGUGGCCGCUACGACAACUUGGUGGGCAUGUUCUUGCCCAAGGCUCAGAUCCCCUGUGUUGGUGUCUCAUUCGGUGUCGACCGUAUCUUCUCCAUCACCAAGGCCCGCCUUGAGCGUGAAAAUAAUGCCGAGGCUCUGCGCAGCAGCGAAGUCGACGCUUUCGUUAUGGCUUUCGGCGGCAAGGGCUUCAACGGCAUGCUGACGGAGCGCAUGAGCGUCUGCCAGGCUUUGUGGAACGCCGGCGUCAAGGCCGAGUUCUCCUACAAGGUUAAGCCCAAGCUCCCACAACAGUUCAAGGCCGCCGAGCAAGGUGGUGUCCCCUUCGCCGUCAUUCUGGGUGAGGACGAACUCGCCAACGGCAAAGUCCGCAUCAAGGAGAUGGGUCUCGAAGAAGGCCACCCCGAGAAGGAAGGUGUGCUGGUGGAUCUCGCUAAUCUCCCCGCCGAGGUAAAAACCCGUGUGGCUAGGAAGCAGGAUCAAGCCUCCGCUGUAACACAACAGCUCGAGGGCCUCAACGUCAAUGCCCCGACAAACUAG